GUCGCGAGCUUGGUCCUUCCGAUUCCUAUUUCCUUCUUUUCAAUUUAGUCCUGCAUCUAAACUAGUUCAGCUGUGGAUAAUCCGAGCAUCUGGAGAUUUCGGCUGUGGAUUUUCCGGUUUUGCAUUCGUGACGAGGCGGUCAUUGUGGGCAGUGUUGGGGUGGUACUAAAAUUACCAGUAAUUGUUGUGGUGCUUUCUGCUGUUGAAUUGGCUGUGAAGUGUGGCUCGGGAAUUGAAUGCAACCUGUUCCGGUGAAGUGAAAGUUCUAUCAAUUUACUUGGACAAUAUGCCUGCCUCAACCUGAGAAAAUUCGGCUUUUCAAUACUGGAUAGUGAAGAAUCGGACCUUUCUUACGGCUCUCGAAAAGUGGUUCGGGCCCCGGCUAACCGAGUAGUUUAAGAUCGGAGUGCAGGACAUCCCGUUAUGUAACACAUUCCUCAACGUCCUCUGUACAUUACGUUACUUCGGGCCAUGAAUGUAGGUGUCUUCUCAAGGCCGAGCCGGGGAGCAGGAACUGGGACUUAAGCAGCUGUACGUGUGCAUUAAGCAUUGAGAGACAUUGCAUUUUCCGCUGAGCAGCUCUGGAAUCGGUGCUUUCAGAUGUGAAUGCUGGCACUACCUGUGUGGAAGGUGCAACGCGAAUUCAGGACAGCAAGCGGGUUUCAUUAACGUUUUAGCUCUAUGAACGUCUCCCUGGAACGAUGGGGUGAUUUUGAACGAAAGCAUAUGCAACUGAUUUUCGGUGCAUCUGAGAACAAUUAGAGCGCGCCCCAGUAAAUCAUGAGUGACGUCAGCAGAUUGGGAAAAAUCGCGCCUUCUAUUAACACGUUUAAUUGCUCAUAAUUAGACAAACACUGCGAAGUGCUCCAAGGAAAAUCAUUUCCAUUUUUUCAUGCCGCUUUCGGUUUGGUCUUGUUAAUGCGAUUUUUGCAAUGUUCUACUUCCGCUAACGACCUUUACGAUGUGCGGAAAAAUUAUGGGCCCCGUUGAACAAGAUUAAGAAGUUUCCUGUGAUUCAGUUCUGGGUGUGAUGUGAGUGCUGUCGAUUCAGUGCAUUGAAAACGCGAUUAAUGAAGCUGGGAAGUGGUUUGGCCUUUGAGGAAUGCCACGCGAGCACGCUUGUGAACUUCGUUGAUUUGUAGAUUUAUUCAGUACAAUCGGUUCGAGCGGAGUAGAUAAAUUCCACCGCGAUGCCGAAGAAAAAGAGCAAAUCAAUUAAAAGGAACAAAAACUCCAGCAAGAGCCUCGAUUUGGAUCUAUGGGUAGAGAGUGACGACAAAUAUUCGGUGGCGAAUUCUCAAAUUCCAUUAUCAAGCGAUACCGCGACAGUGGACGAACCGCUGGAGGAAGAGCACCCGGAACGGGGCAACUGGACUGGUCGAUUUGACUUCCUGCUCUCGCUGCUGGGAUACUCUGUUGGAUUGGGGAAUGUUUGGAGGUUCCCUUAUCUGUGUUAUAACAACGGAGGCGGAGCCUUUCUGAUCCCAUUCACCAUCAUGCUGAUAAUCGCUGGCCUUCCCUUGAUGUUUAUGGAGCUUUCUUUUGGACAAUAUGCCGCAUUGGGUCCAGUUGCAGUGUAUCGACGUUUUUGCCCACUUAUGAGAGGAUUAGGCUAUGGGAUGAUAAUUGUUUCAGCAAUUGUUAUGCUUUAUUAUAAUUUAAUCAUAGCGUGGACGAUUUUCUACAUGUACGCCUCCUUUACAUCGGAAUUGCCCUGGCAAAAUUGCGAAAAGGAAUGGAGUACAGCACAUUGCUACUCGUACGAAAUGGCGGAUCAAUGCGAAGCGGUGAACGGAACAUUUUACCUGAGGACAUGCUACAACUCAACGUUCUCCGAAUCACAGAAUCUCACGGAAUUAGCAAUUCAUGUCCUGAAACGCCCUCCAGCUGAAGAGUAUUUUACGAACUUCGUCCUUGGCCUUUCAUCGGGGAUCGAGGAGACUGGGGGAAUCCGACUGUCGUUGGCAAUUUGCUUGCUGGUUGCAUGGAUAAUCGUCUUUUUGUGUCUAUGCAAAGGUGUUCAAUCGUCUGGAAAAGUUGUCUAUUUCACUGCCCUUUUCCCUUACGUGGUGCUGGUGAUAUUAUUUUUUCGUGGAGUGACUCUGCCAGGUGCUAAAACUGGUAUACUAUUCUAUCUGACUCCUGACUGGAAGCAAUUGGCAAAUGCUCAGGUGUGGGGAGAUGCUGCCGUGCAGAUUUUCUUCGCCCUCAGCCCGGCAUGGGGAGGCCUAAUCACACUGUCAUCAUAUAACAAAUUCACAAACAAUUGUUACAAAGACUCCCUUAUAGUGGCAGUAUCUAACAUUGCAACAUCCUUCUUCGCUGGACUAGUGAUCUUCUCCAUUAUCGGAUUUCUCGCCCACGAAUUGGAUGUCGAAGUGAAGAAAGUGGUGGAUCAAGGUGCCGGACUAGCUUUUAUCGUUUACCCCGAAGUUGUUACCCGCCUUCCCGUUUCACCAGUUUGGUCUGUGCUAUUCUUCGUUAUGCUCCUCACAUUGGGGUUGGACUCGCAAUUCGCCCUCAUGGAGACUGUCACCACGGCUAUUCUUGACAAGUUUCCAGCUUUACGACAAUACAAAUUUUGGGUAGUUUUGGCCGUGUCGAUUUUCGGCUACGUCGGUGGUUUAGGGUUCACUACAAACAGCGGAAUGUAUUGGCUACAGUUGAUGGACAAGUACGCCGCGAAUUGGUCCGUGCUUCUGAUCGCCAUCAGUGAGUGCAUCUUAAUCGCUUGGAUGUACGGCUCAGAGCGGUUUCUAAAUGACAUUCAAUCAAUGAUCGGGAGAAGGUCGAAAUUCUGGAUCUUCUUCUGGUCAUGGAUGUGGAGAUUCAUCACUCCAGCCACAUUAUUGUUUAUCCUCUUCUUCAACUGGGUCGAGUACAAGCCUGCUUCCUACGGCCACUACGUCUACCCAUUCUGGGCUGAUGCUGUCGGUUGGAUAAUUGGCCUACUUCCAGUCUCCAUUAUAUUUCUAACAGCUACCCAGCAAACACUGCAGGCACCGAAAAAUUUAACAUUCAUGGAAAAAGUCCGAACACUUUUGCGUCCAACGGCAGAAUGGGGUCCAGCUGGGCGACCAUGUUGCAUCAUCCCGUCGAAUAGCAAACAGCAGCACGAGAGUAAUAGAUACGACAGUGUAGCCACGGGUAGGAUUCUCACCAACGGAGUACCAUCGGAUUCGCCCACACAUGGGGGUGGUGGGAAUGCAUACGGGGUGUGCUCUGGCUACCAUGAUGAGGCGCUGCAGCUCUGAGAGCGGGCUCUAGCACCUUCAUCGGCCAUACAUCGCCGCCCGACAGGAGGUGCAAGGAAUUGCGAUCAAGAAUAUGAAUUAGCUCCAAUCGUAGUCGUCACCGGUGCUCAAAUCGAAUCGCAAUCAAUGUCUUCACGCUGCCCUGGUCCAAGUAUCUUAAAGAAUCCUAAAAAUGGGAAAUAUGCAAAUACAAGCAGUUCGUCC